UAUUGCUUGUUGCAUUCCGUUUUUUCGUGUUAUUCGUGUGUGACGUUAUUGCACACACAAAAACGAGCAUUUUAAUUUAGUUUAAAUAAUAUGUAAAUAGUACGCGGUAGUGCAAGAACAUAAGCUUAAGGAAAAUCGAGUUAAUCAGUAUUUUGUGUGUCCGCUUACGCUUUGUAUAUUCCGUUUUUGUGACUGUUUUAUGUCUGUGCUUAUGUGUUCGUUUAUGAGUGUGUGCGUGGUGUAGGUGUGUAGGAGGAGAAACACCUCCCCUUCCAAAAAAAAAGUUCAAAAACGAAACCUCUUUUCGGUAGUUAUAACUCGCAAGCUUAGAAAAGCAAGUUAAAACAACAAACGGUGGGAAAGACUCGGCUUACCCCGGUGGAUGAAACUAGAAGCCGCAGUAUAUUGGGCAACUGAAUAACGGAACCGAUAACUAGCGGAGGUGACACCUCAAAAAUUCGACGGAUCGGUAGAAUGUCAAAUCAGGCCCAGAUCGACUACGACAAGCAGUUCCAGGAUGACUUGGCCAAGGCUACGGCGCUUAGUCUCGAGCAACAAGCCCUCGACGACUAUCGGAGGAACAAGAAGUACGGCUCUGGUUAUCCUCCAAGCGCUGCUGGACGAGACUAUAAUGUGGCGCAGCGAAGUCAGAGCCUCAAUCAAGGGCGCAGGCACUCGGAGGUUCACCAGGCCAUCAGUACGUCAACGACAAAUGUGGAUCGUUCGCGCACACCGCCGGCCCAGGUUCCGGAUAACGACUUGAUCUGCUUUGCCAGUCCAACAAGCAAGCAACCAGAGAGUGCCACUCCCUUUGGGCGGCUCAUUGAGGAUCUGCAGCGAAUGCAGGUGCCUAGCAAUCCGCAGUCGGCUUUAGUGCCCAUGGGACCAGUGGCAGCGGCCCCUGUUUCGGUUCCCGCAUCAGCCCACUACGGUUAUCAUCCGCAUCAGCCUCAGGUUGCUCAGGUUCAACCUCCGCCCUAUGGUAUGGUGGCAGGAGCACCCGGUAGCAUGCAGUUGGUGCCAUACCAACCUGCUGCACAACAACAACAGAGGCCCCUAAACAACGAGGAACUCCAGCGUCUGUACAGCAUGCCCGCCCAGCUGGCCGUGCAACCCGUAGCGCAGCCCAACGCCUAUUUGUAUUAUCCAGGAGCAGUAGUCACUCCCUAUACGGCGCCCAUAGUUCCCGGAUCGGCUGCCUAUAUGCCGCCACAGUAUCCCUCGCAAGGAUACGGUUUCGGAGGGGCAUACACCCACAUGGACCUGAGGCGUCCACAAUCGACGCCCGUGACACCAGGUCCAGCCACGAGUCAUCACAUCCAACCGUCCAACAAUACUCCAGUUUCCUCCUCUUCGGUGGAGGCUAACGGAGUGGCCUUCCCGGCAAGGCGUCCAGUACCGUCCACUGCCAGUGUGGGCUCCCGUCCUGGGAGUAAUGGACAGUCUGGUCAACGCAGGGGCAAUGAUUUGAUUGACCUCAAUCAGGAGGAUUACUCCCGUGUGAGUGUUUUGGAGGCCUUCGAUCCCCUGCUGAACGACAAUACUGGAAACGACAGCGCCUCCGACAGCACCUCCUACUAUGCGGAAUACGAUCCCUUUGAUUUCCUGUACAGCGGGGAUUGUGGCACCCAGUAUUCGGAUCCCAUGUACGAGGCUGUCAAUCGGUGGGACAAAACUGCAGCCACCGUGAGUCCGAAUGUUAGCCUGAUUGGUUGGCGUCAAGACUAUCUCUCGCAACCAUCCCCAUCUCCAUCUCCAUCUACCUCGCAUCAUGUGGAGAAAGAGUUACAUUUGUCUGAGAAUGGAGAAUCGGGUAGCAUCUCGCCGCCACCACCGUUGCCGCCAAGAAACCAGCAGUUGUAUGAAAUAAACCAGGCUCCAUCGAUCACCUCGAGGCCAGAUCAUCAAUCCACCAAGUUCACGGACAGUUAUACCUCCAGCAUCCCAGCAAACGUGGUUUUGGAUCGUCGGAAAACUUGUACGCGUCUUUACGAACUAAUCAGCGAUCAGCGCACAGAUGAUGCUGAGCUGCUGGAGUUCUAUCACAUGGUAAAGGAGCUGAGAGCACGCUAUCCGCACGAUGAUGCGCCCACCAAUGUGGGACAUGUGGUGGCCGCCGAGUUCAACUAUCACUACAUAAUGGACACCAGCAUUAAGGUGAUUGUGCAUCCGGCUUUAAAUACGCUCCAGCCGCAUAUCUUGGCUGCAUCGAUGGCUAAGGAGCAAGUGAAGGGUUAUGGCACGCCUGUAACCUUUACAUGUGAUAUUGACUCAGUGGUGGCCCAAGUGGUGGCCCAGGCUUUGGCCUCUCUUGAGGGUCAGGUCAAGGGCACAGUCACCGAUUAUGUAGUCAAGCCCAUCGGUCUCUUGGAGUGGCUGGCGCCCACCUCCAAGCUCAGCCAGCUGGAGUGCGUUCACAAUAGCUUCCAGCUGGAAAAAGAUGUGCACCUGGGUCUGUGCCUAAGCACAACGGCCAACAUGCAGGCCAUAGCUCGCACGGAGAGAGAUGAUGAGCAUGAUGCUGAUCUUCUGCCCGAGCAGCUGCUGCCCAACGAGGUGGUGCCCAUUGUUACCUACGACAACAUGAUGAUACUCAUCGAAACCCUCGAGAUGGAGAUUGAUAAGCUGGAGUCGGCGGCUGACGGAGCACCCGGCAGGAGUGUGGUCAGCUGCUCAGGUGUUGUGCAGGCAGUGAAGGCCAUCUGUGCCUUGCUGGGCAGCAUCGAUACCAUGGAGAUAGCUCGCUGUGUGGCCGAUCUGAAGCGCAUUUGCGAGGUGGAGCAAACCAAAUAUGCAGCGGCGGGGGCCAGCAAUCCAGAGAUAGUCAGUGAUUAUGGUGACUAUGCGCAAGUUGUGCUGCGUCCGCGUUCUCUUCUUGAGCAGAUCAAGAUGAAGUGCAAUGAGCUAAGGGAUGCCGUGCAGGAGCUGGUUGAGCUGUAUGCCAAUGUGUUCCGCGUGGCCUUCUCCGUAAAGACUCCUGAUUACACAACAACUCCCAUUCCCAUCUCCUGUGUGUCCAAGCCCAUUGUGGUCUGCAUCAGCUGCCUUCAUCGGCCGCCGCCCAACUGGAAGUACGAGGAUUACUCUCUGUGUGUGCAAAUCGUGUAUGGUACACGUCUGUUGUCCAAGCCUAAUGUGUUGACCUGCUCGAAUGACACCAGCGGAGGCCUGUUUCCACGCCUCAAUUUCAGUGCCUGGUUGACCUUCGAUCAGCAUCCCAUUUGCACUCUGCCAAGGGAGGCUCGGCUUACGUUCGUCUUGUAUGGAAAGCAGGCAGCCAGCGAAGGUGAUCCCAACUCGGAGCAGAACGGGGAGCGCCGGCAGGUGACCACUGAGCUGGGCUGGUGCUCCAUCCAGCUGUUUGACUUUAAAAGAGUCAUGAUCUGUGGUCCCUACCUGCUUUCUCUGUGGCCUCCAACAACGGAUAAGAUGUUGGGACCCGCUCCAGCGCGUGGCUGUCAUCCGCAUCCUGAUUUCUGUCCUGUUUUAAGUAUCGAGGUGCCCCCAUACGGUGGCCGCAUUGAGUUUCCCGAGCAUCAGGAGGUGCCCAAGCCUGCGCCACACUAUGACUUUGCCUCGCUCGAUGCCAAUCUGCAGGAGGAGCUGCUAGACACCGCCGAGCUGGGCUACUCUGGAGCCACAGAGCGACGAGAGGUUUUCUGGGAGAAACGUUUGUAUCUGCAAAACUAUCCCAAUGCCCUGCCCAAGGUCCUGCAUGCCGCUCAUAGCUGGGACUAUGCGAAUCUGAUUGAUCUGCAUGCUUUGCUGCACUCGUGGGCCCCGUUGUCACCUCUACAGGCUCUCGAGCUGUUGCUUCCUCGUUACCCAGAUGCCAAAGUACGUGAAAAGGCUGUGGAGUGGAUUUCCAAGAUGCCCAACGAUCAGUUGGUGGACUUUCUGCCCCAACUCGUGCAGAGCCUCAAGCAUGAUACCUACGAGGGCUCGGCGAUGGCUCGUUUCCUGCUGGCCAAGUGCCUGGAGUCGCCUCGUUUCGCCCACCACAUGUACUGGCUUUUAGUGCACAGUUUGCCAGAUGAUCCGCACAACUCUAUUGGCGCCGCUAUGGUGGAUCAGGAUUACGAUGAGUCGCAGGUCACACAGGCGCGGUAUUACCGAAGGAACAAGAUGAUGCUGCGUGCUCUGAUGGCCAUCUGUGGCGAGAAGAUGUUGCAGCGAUUUAUGUACCAGCAUCGAAUGUGUCAAAAACUCACAACCAUAGCGGAGUCUGUCAAGGAGGCCAAGGAAUCGAUGCGUCAAAAGAGCUUAGCUGCUGGCAUGGACGAGGUGCACCAGGAUCUGCUGGAGAAGCCCACUUGCCUGCCACUAGGACCUGAACUGGAGGUUACAGGCGUGAGUGUGCGCAAUUGCAGCUACUUUAACUCCAACACCUUGCCGCUAAAAAUUACCUUCGUGGGACCUGAUGCCGAGUCGCUGCCGGCCAUCUUUAAGUGCGGAGACGACCUGCAGCAGGAUCAGUUGACCAUCCAACUGAUUAGGAUCAUGAACAAAAUGUGGCUGGCCGAGCGAUUGGACCUGAAAAUGGUCACCUUCAACUGUGUGCCCACGGGCUACAAGAGCGGCAUGAUUGAGCUGGUCAAUGAGGCGGAGACCUUGCGAAAAAUCCAAGUCGAGUGCGGUUUAACGGGCUCCUUCAAGGAUCGACCCAUUGCCGAGUGGCUGGGCAAGCAGAAUCCCAGUCCGUUGGAGUAUCAGAGUGCCGUGCGAAACUUUACGCUCUCGUGUGCUGGCUACAGCGUGGCCACCUAUGUGCUGGGCAUCUGUGACCGGCACAAUGACAACAUUAUGCUAAAGACCUCGGGUCACCUAUUCCACAUAGAUUUUGGCAAGUUCCUGGGCGAUGCGCAGAUGUUUGGCAACUUUAAGAGAGAUCGCACUCCCUUUGUGCUGACCUCCGACAUGGCGUAUGUGAUUAAUGGUGGCGACAAGCCCUCUACUGACUUCCAUUACUUUGUGGACCUGUGCUGUCGGGCCUUUAAUAUUGUGAGGAAAAAUGCAGAUCUGCUGCUGCAUACCUUGGCCCACAUGGCCACCGCCGGCAUGCCUGGUGUCAAUUCCAAUGCUGUGACCUAUGUGCGGCGUGCCCUGCUGCCCUCGCAAUCGAAUCCCGAGGCGGCGGCCACCUUUGCCAAGAUGAUACAAUCCUCGCUAAAGAGCUGGUUCACGCAGUUUAAUUUCUUUCUGCACAAUCUGGCCCAGAUGAGGUUCACCGCCGACGAGGGCACUGGGGAGUUGCUGUCGUUUGUGCCGCGGAAAUACACUAUGCAACAAGAUGGCCGCUUGAAGAUUGUCAAGGUGGUGUGCUUCCAGAAGCAUUACAGCAUGGAGAAGUUUUAUAUGUAUAUUCUGGAAGUGACGCGGCAUGGGCAGCCCGUUCCUACGCAUUUGUUUCGCUCGUAUAGGGAGUUUACCGAGUUCCAUCAGAAGCUAUGCAUGCACUUUCCGCUGGUUAAGCUGCACAGUCUUCCUGCUGGCGUGCAUGUGGGAAGGUCCAACAUCAAGUCAGUGGCCGAGAAACGACUACCUCUGAUACAGCGAUUCCUAAAAUCGCUGUUCGAUGCCUCCGAGGAAAUAGCUCACUCCGAGCUUGUGUACACUUUCUUCCAUCCGCUGCUGCGUGAUCAGCAGGAGGCCAAACUGGGGAUGCCGAAGAUAAAGGAGGUGAAGCGACAACCCUCGCGAGAUAAUCCCAACGAGAUUGGCCAAAUUCGACUAUCGCUGCAAUAUCAACGCGGCGUACUUACUGUGAUGAUACACCACGCCAAAGGACUGCCCAUGCUACAGGGCGGUCAGGAGCCCAACACUUAUGUGAAGUGCUACCUAAAACCGGAUCCCAAAAAGGAGACCAAACGCAAGACCAAAGUGGUGCGCAAGACCUGUGUUCCCAGUUUCAUGGAAACGCUGGAGUACCGAAUGCCCCUGAAUAUCAUUCAAGAGCGGCGACUGCAGGUCACCGUCUGGUCACACGAUACGCUGCAGGAAAACGAACUGCUGGGAGGCUUCGAGCUGGAUCUGUCCAAGCUCGAUCUGCGGCAGGAGCUCUGCGAUUGGCAUCGCUUGGUUUCAGUGCCCAGGAAUUGACCACACCGACAAUCAGGCCUAGGAUUAAAGCAAUACUAAUAUACAUUUCUGUGCCUGUCUCCUCUUGAUCGCAAUAAUACUUACUUACUCGACGUGAUUGUACAUUCCAUACGCAUAUAUCUAUAUUAUAAAUAACUCAAUAGACGGUAGAAGUGUUAUUUCUUUCGAUUUUUGCCCCCAAAUGUAUGUACAUAUUCUAUACCCACCUCACAUUCAGCACAUUCUUUUGUUUAAUUAAAUUUUAAAAUUAAUUAAAUUAAACUUUUAAUUAUACAAAUCUAAAGUUUAACUUUGCACACAUUUUAUUGAUUGGUAUAUUUGAAAUUAUACAGAAAAUUAUACAGAAACAAAAUAAAUUGUACUUGGUGAAUGCAGCAAGUUUGAUUGUAUUUCUAGUUUUUAAAAACAAACAAAACAUUCUCUAUUAGAUUUUCCCGCUAAAUACUUAUGCUCCUGGAGUAGUCACACCAAGUUCAGUAUUAUGGCUAAGAAACUACUUGUUUAAGAGAUUAUAAAACUCGCUUUUUAGCACAGAAAACUGGUGAGGUAAAUAUGGAAAUUAAAGUAAACAGACGAGAAUCAGGCCAAAUAUGUUUUUGAUUUAUUUUAGAAACGUUUGAAGAUAACGAAAAAUCUAACUUUUACACAGGAACCGUAAUCAUUAUAAGUGAAAAAAUAAAUCUAUUGAUUUUAAUAAAUUCUUUUAAAAUAUAAUUUUAUAUUGAUAUAAUCGUUCAAAGAAUAAUUAUUCUUAUUUUGUGCAAAAAAUAAUUAUUUUUAAUAUAAUCAUUAUUUUUUGAGCGAUCUCGUUGCUCCAAGUGUAUGAUUGUUUUAUUAUUUACGGUUCCUGCUUUUAUACACAUUCAGCUUUACGCACAAAAAAAUUAUUAAAAAUUAAAUAAAUCUUCACCAACAUUUCAGUGUCUCUAUGAGAUUACCUCCAUCUGGGUCUUGACUCUAAAAUACUUACAACAAAUUAAGCAACAGGCUACCAGGCAAUAGUAAAUAACUAUCAAAGAGAUCAAGUACUAAAAGUGUCUUAACAAAUCUAACGAAUAUUGUAAAGUAUGUAUAAGAUUAAUGCAGAUUAUAUUUUUAUAAAAAAAACAAAAAACAAGUUUUAGAGCUACAUCUGCCUGAGUAUUUUAAAUAAAAACUCUUCGAUACUGAUUAAUAAAUUUAUGUGUACUGUAACAAUUAAUAAUUGUAUAUUUAUGUGUGAACAAAUUAAUACGGAAAUUUAGGAAAUACAAUUCAAUCUUUCUGUAAACAAAUUGUACAAUUUAUAAAGUAAAAAAUAAAACUUUUUUUUCGGCACAAAUAAAUGGGCAUAACAAAAUAAA